AUGCUUGGUCUUUUUAGCUUUCACAGCUACUUGUGGGAUGAUGCCGAGGGCAGUGGACCAUCUGCUAGGGACACGGGAAGAUCUGAUUCACCUUCUUUGCCUGCUAACUUCUCUGGCACUUGGAAACAAGUCAGCUGGGUCACCAAAGGGGUUUCUGUAUCAAAACCUGACCUGCAGGAAAUUUAUCAUUUAUUUCUCAUGGCUGUGGACACUUUGGUUGAGUUCUUGAAGAGGAUGAUGACCGAGCAGUGUGCUAUUACAUUCUCUGGUUGCUCAUGUGCCAAUGAUUUAAGGGGGAUGGAUUGCUCAGGAAGAAACAUGAGCAGGUUGUUUGUUAUGACAUUUCUUGGGCAUGACAUUCAACUGAGUAUACAAGCUCUGGGCUCAGGGAGAGAAGCGUAUGAGUUGAACCAGAGUAAGCUGACAAUAAAGGUGCUACUUGCACUUGUCUGCAUGAAAGUUAAUGUUGAUACUAAGGUAUUGGAGAUUCCUGACAAGCAAUUCCUAGGGUAUUUCUUAGGCGGAUCCAGGAGUGAAGUUUGGUGGCAAAUAGUUCAGAUGCAGUUCUGUGCCUCCAAACUCAUUUUUGGACCCCAGUCUGUUGCUCCAGAGGUGUACUUCAGGAAAAAGAAUGUGCAGGAAGGAAUUAAAGCAACAAUACAGUCUACCACUAAGCCCAAUGGAAGUGGGGCACACACUUGGAGAAACUGUCCUACUGUGUUUAAGGAGAAGGCUGAUGGUUUAGUUGAGGUAGUAGACCUCUUUGGAGUACUUGAAAGUUUUACAGUGGUUGAUGUCUGUGUUCUGCAUAUCUCCCUGUCUAUAUCCUUUGACUCUGUACCUGAGGAUGGUAUUGAUAGGGCUAGAGAGCAAGUGAUUUUUGGUUUACAGGUUUCAUUUAACAACUUUCAAAGAAUCUUAGCUGAAGAGGAUGUCUCUAGUUGGGUUGGAUUGAAUGGACGUUUCUUACUACUCUUUCUCGUGAGGCUUGGGGCACCAGACUUUCAUCCCCAAACACCAAAUUGUCCUGAGGAGACCCUGACCAGAGAAUAUUUGCAAUCUGGAUACAGGGACACAGUUGAGGGACUCGAGGAAGCCAGAGAAAUUUCACUGACCCAGGUUCCACAUUUUAACAAGAAUGUUGUUCUUAAUUGCAAAGAGGCUAUUAGGAAACGACUGAGGGCCAUCAAUGAAUCUCGUGCUCAGAAGAGAAAGGCUGGUCAAGUGUAUGGUGUAGCUCUUUCAGGAUCACAACUUGCCAGGUCUGGCAUUUUUCCUGAACUAAGACCUUGUGGUGAGGACUACCAGAAGAAAUGGAUUGAGGGUUUAUCUCAGCAGCACAAACGAUUACGCUCUUUGGCUGAUCAUGUUCCUCAAGGUUAUAAAAGGGCAUCACUUUUAGAGGUUCUUAUCAGGAAUAACGUUCCAUUGCUUAGGGCCACCUGGUUUAUCAAGGUUACUUACCUCAAUCAGGUUCAACCUGGUUCUGUUGGUAUUUCUUCUGGGACUGCUGACAAGAUUCAACUGUCUCGCUCUGAUAUUUGGACCAAAGAUGUUAUCAAUUACUUGCAAGCCCUUCUGGAUGAAUUCUUGUCAAAGAAUGUUUCCCGUUCAGCUUCUCAUGGCCGAGAGCGAUCACCACAAAUGCCUUAUACUGGUUCAGUGCAGAACAAAAUUGAUCCAUUACUAUCUGUUUCUGAUGGUGAAGGGCCAUCCUUACAUUUUAGGUGGUGGUAUAUUGUACGGCUUCUGCAAUGGCAUCAUGCUGAAGGGCUUCUUCAUCCUUCCCUUGUCAUUGAUUGGGUGUUUAAUCAACUACAGGACAAAGAUCUGCUUGAGGUUUGGCAGCUGUUAUUGCCUAUUAUAUAUGGUUUUUUAGAAACUAUUGUUCUAUCUCAAACUUAUGUGCGCACCCUCACUGGACUAGCUCUUCGUGUCAUUCGUGAUCCUGCUCCAGGUGGUUCAGAUCUAGUAGAUAAUUCCAGGAGGGCAUACACAACUUAUGCUGUGAUUGAGAUGCUUCGGUAUUUAAUACUUGUGGUGCCAGAUACGUUUGUAGCUUUGGAUUUCUUUCCGUUACCAUCCUCUGUUAUUUCACAUACAAUGAAUGAUGGGAAUUUUGUACUAAAAUCAACUGAAGCUGCAGGGAAGGUCAAAAAUAGUUCAGAUGAUUUUGGUCACAUUAUUUCAUACAUUCAGAAACAAGCAGAAGAUCUUGCAAAGGCCUCAAUCCCAGGCUAUCCAGGUCAUUGUGUGGCUAAAGUUGCAAAAGCUUUGGAUAAAGCUCUUGUGCUGGGUGAUUUGCACGAUGCAUAUAAAUUUCUUUUUGAAGAUCUUUGUGGUGGCACUGUAUCUGAAGGCUGGGUUGCAAAAAUUAGCCCUUGCUUAAGGUUAUCUUUGAAAUGGUUUGGGACCGUAAAUACACCCCUUAUAUAUUCUGUGUUUUUCCUUUGUGAGUGGGCAACAUGUGAUUUUAGGGAUUUUCGUGGUAACCCUCCUCAUGACAUUAAGUUUACUGGUAGGAAAGAUCUUUCUCAAGUGCAUAUAGCAGUUAGGCUUUUAAAGAUGAAGAUUAGGGAUCUGAAGAUUUCACUAAAACAAACAAAUGAAUAUCGCAGAGCCAGUCAAUUUGCAAAGAAUUCGAGUCAGCAUCAUAAUUGGAAUUAUAUGGGCAAUGUAUCCCGAUUGAAAUCUAGUUCAAAGAGUACAGGUUCUUCAGUUAUAUUUGAAAGCCCAGGUCCUCUACAUGAUAUUAUCGUUUGUUGGAUUGAUCAGCAUGUGGUACAUAAAGGGGAAGGUUCCAAGCGCCUGCAUUUAUUUAUGGUAGAACUCAUACGUGCAGACAUCUUUUUUCCCUUGGCAUAUGUACGCCAGCUGAUAGUCAGUGGGAUCAUGGAUGUGAAUGUAAAUGUGGUUGACAUGGAGCGACGGAAGAGACACUAUCGCAUCUUAAAGCAGCUACCUGGAUGCUUUAUCCAUGAUGUUUUGGAAGAAUCAGGGAUUGAAGGGGUGCAGCUCAAAGAAGCCUUGCAAAUUUACUUGAAUGAACGUCGCCUCAUACUUUGGGGUCCUCUGAGUGAGUCCCGUGAUGUUGCCACUGGUACCAAAUUAUCUGUUCUGAAGAGAAAAAGAUAUCCUGCCUCAAUAAAGGAUGAAGCUUCUGCAAUGACAAUUGAUCAGAGAAAUGUUAUUUCUACCACAAAAAAUGCAAAAGAUAAUGCUAACGUUGAAGAACUAAGAACAGCUAUCUCAGUAUUGUUACAGCUACCUAAUUGUUCAUCUAAUUUGAGUGCUACAGGUUGUGAUGAAUCUGAAGGCAGUGUUAGAAGACCUAUUGGGUCUCAGUACAGUAAAGUAGAUCCAGUGGAGGGUACACCUGGAUGUGAAGAAUGUAGCAGAACGAAGAGACAAAAGUUAAGUGAGGAAAGAAGCUCAUUUGUACAAGGGCAUUCCCCAGUUCAAUCUGAUGAUGAUGAUACAUGGUGGGUGAAAAAAGGAAUGAAAUCCCCAGAGCCUCUCAAAGUUGAUCAACCACAAAAGUCAACCAAGCAGGUCACCAAGAGUCGGCAGAAGAAUCGUAAAACUCAGAGUCUUGCUCAACUGGCAGCUUCUAGAAUUGAGGGUAGCCAAGGGGCGUCAACUAGUCAUGUGUGUGGAAGCAAGGUAAGCUGCCCUCACCAUAGAACUGUUAUGGAUGUAGAUGGGCAGAGGUCUGUGGAUAGCAUCCAAACAAGUCAUUUUGGGGAUAUAGUUACAAUUGGAAAAGCACUAAAGCAGCUACGUUUUGUUGAGAAAAGGGCAAUAGCCGUUUGGCUGUUGACUGUUGUUAGGCAGAUAAUUGAAGAGAUGGAGAAAAAUGCUGUUAAAGUUGGUCAGUUUGGCACUGUUGCAGAUGAUAGAUCCUCAGCAAGGUGGAAACUGGGAGAGGAUGAACUUUCUGCAAUACUUUAUUUGAUGGAUAUCUCCCAUGAUUUGGUAUCAGCUGUCAAGUUCCUCCUUUGGUUGUUGCCGAGGGUUCUUAAUAGCCCCAAUUCUACAAUUCAUUCUGGGAGGAAUGUGCUGAUGCUAGCAAGGAAUGUUGAAAACCAAGUUUGUGACGUGGGAGAGGCUUUUCUGCUUUCAUCACUCAGAAGGUAUGAGAACAUUCUUGUUGCAGCAGACCUUAUUCCAGAAACCUUGUCUUCUGCAAUGCAUCGUGCUGCCACUAUUAUUGCAUCUAAUGGAAGAGUUUCAGGAUCAGGGGCCCUUGCUUUUGCUCGGUAUUUGUUGAGAAAAUACAGCAAUGUGGCUAGUGUCAUUGAGUGGGAGAAAACUUUUAAGACUACAUGUGAUGCAAGACUUUCCUCUGAACUUGACUCAGGUAGGUCAGUGAAUGGAGAGUUAGGGCUGCCCCUAGGAGUUCCAGCCGGAGUAGAAGACCAUGAUGAUUUUUUCCGUCAGAAGAUCAGUGGUGGCCGGUUACCAUCCAGAGUAGGAGCAGGCAUGAGGGAGGUAGUGCAGCGUAAUGUUGAAGAAGCAUUCCACUAUCUUUUUGGAAAAGAUAGAAAGCUCUUUGCUGCUGGUACACUAAAAGUUCUUCCUCCUGUAGAAAAAUGGGAUAAUGGAUAUCAAAUUGCUCAACAAAUAGUUAUGGGUCUGAUUGAUUGCAUAAGGCAGACCGGUGGUGCUGCUCAAGAAGGAGAUCCCUCUUUAGUCUCUUCUGCUGUUUCUGCAAUUGUUGGCAGUGUUGGUCCAACUUUAGCAAAAAUGCCUGAUUUUUCAUCUGGCAACAAUCAUUCAAAUACAACAUCAGCUUCAAAUUUAUUGAACUAUGCCAGGUGCAUUCUGCGAAUGCAUAUAACCUGUCUCUGCCUGCUUAAGGAAGCCCUGGGAGAUCGACAAAGCCAUGUAUUUGAUAUUGCUCUUGCCACUGAAGCUUCUACUGCUCUUGCUGGUGUUUUUACUCCUAGUAAAGCAUCUCGUGCUCAGUUUCAAACGUUUCCUGAAGCCCAUGAUUCUAGUAACAAUAUUUCAAAUGAUAUGGGAAGCAACUCUAAUAAAGUCGGGGUAGCAAAAACAACAAAAGUUGCUGCUGUUUCUGCAUUUCUUGUUGGUGCAAUUAUAUAUGGUGUUACCAGCCUGGAAAGAAUGGUAACAGUUCUCAGAUUGAAGGAGGGGCUUGAUGCGGUACAAUUUCUAAGGAGCACUAGAUCCAAUUCAAAUGGACAUGCCCGUUCAGUUAUGGCAUUUAAGGUGGACAGUUCAAUUGAAGUUCAUGUCCAUUGGUUUAGAUUGCUUGUUGGAAAUUGCAGAACAAUCUGUGAAGGGUUAGUGGUGGAACUCUUGGGCGAACCAUUUAUUAUGGCUCUCUCAAGGAUGCAACGUAUGCUUCCUUUAAAUUUGGUCUUUCCACCUGCCUAUUCAAUAUUUGCCUUUGUUAGGUGGAAGCCUUUCAUUCUAAAUGCUACAGUUCGUGAAGACAUGAAUCAAAUUUAUCAGUCUCUUACAGUGGCCAUAACUGAAGCAAUAAAGCAUUUGCCAUUUCGAGAUGUAUGUUUUAGAGACUGUCAGGGUCUUUAUGAUCUUAUGGCUGCAGAUAAUAGUGAUUCUGAAUUUGCAAACCUAUUAGAGUUUAAUGGUUCUGACAUGCAUUUAAAACCCACAGCAUUUGUUCCUCUACGCUCCAGGCUUUUCCUUAAUGCCAUGAUUGAUUGUAAGAUGCCACAAUCUAUUUUUGCAAAGGAUGAUGGGAGCCGAAUUUCUGGACCUGGUGAGUCUAAAAUUAAAUUCACAGAUAAUGAGUCUAAGCUUCAGGAUAUGCUUGUGCAUGUUUUGGAUACCUUGCAGCCUGCCAAAUUUCACUGGCAGUGGGUUGUCGUCAGGUUACUUUUAAAUGAACAAGCUCUCAUCGAAAAAGUGGAGAAUCAUGAUGUGCCCUUGGGGGAUGCUAUAAAGUUGUCCUCACCUAGUCCUGAGAAGGCUGCUACUGCUUCUGAGAAUGAGAACAAUUUUAUUCAAAUACUUCUCACAAGGUUACUGGUUAGACCUGAUGCUGCACCCCUUUUUUCAGAGUUGAUUCAUCUCUUUGGUAGGUCACUAGAGGAUUCUAUGUUGUUGCAAGCUAAAUGGUUCCUUGGGGGCCAAGAUGUCCUCUUUGGUCGGAAGACCAUUAGACAAAGGUUACACAACAUUGCUGUGAACAAGAAACUUUCUGUUAAGACCCAAUUUUGGGAGCCAUGGGGUUGGUGUAGUCCAUCUACUGAUCCAUUGAAUAGCGAAGGGGAUAACAAAAAGUUAGACAGCACCUCUCUUGAAGAAGGAGAAGUUGUUGAAGAGGGAGCAGAUUUGAAAAGGUGGCAGCAGCAAGUGAUUGAGAGGGCCUUUAUUGAGUUGCUUCUUCCUUGCAUCGAUCAAAGCUCUGAAGAAGCCCGCAAUUCCUUUGCUAGUGAUUUGGUGAAACAAUUGAGUUAUAUUGAGACACAAAUAACUGCUGUUACAGGUGGAAGUAAACCAGUGGGAAGUGCUACUACUGGAGUUGAAGGUCAACCAAAUAAAGUAAAUAACCGCAAAAAUAUGAGAACUGGAACCACUUCCUUAGCUAGACGACCAACAGUGGCAGCAGAUUCUUCUCCACCAUCUCCUGCAGCCCUACGAGCUUCUAUGUCAUUACGGUUGCAGUUGCUCCUGAGAUUUCUUCCUAUUCUUUGCACUGACAGGGAGCCAUCUGUGCGGAGCAUGAGACAAUUUCUUGCCACUGUUAUUUUUCGUCUCCUUGGUAGUCAGGUUGUGCAUCAGGAUGCAGACAGUUCAGUGAAUGCUGUGCCAUCUCUGCCGAUGAGGGAGGCUGAGUCAUCUUCUGAAGUUGCUUCUGCUGCUUUUGUGGAUUCUUCUUCUCGGAGUCUGUUUGAUCGUUUUCUGUUGGUCUUGCAUGGUUUGCUAAGUAGUUAUCCUCCAAGUUGGCUCAGGCCAAAGCCUGUUUCAAAGACGAGCAAUGAACCUACAAUUGAUCGAGAAUUGUUGGAUACUUUGCAGAAUGACUUGGAUCGUAUGCAACUACCAGACACUGUCCGGUGGCGUAUCCAAGCUGCAAUGCCCGUACUCGUCCCCUCUAUGCGGUGCUCUCUAUCCUGCCAGCCGCCAUCUGUUUCAAAUUCUGCUCUUGCGUGCCUUCAGCCCGGCAUUACAAAUCCUGGGGUUAACACCAGUACUUCAACUAUCCCCCAGAGAAAUCCAGCUCUAUCAAGAGUUGCUCUUAAUGCACCAGGGAAGUUAAAACGACAGGACAAUGAUUUGGAAAUUGAUCCAUGGACGCUUUUGGAAGAUGGUGCUGGCUCAUUCCCGUUGGCAGGUAAUACUGCUGGCAUAGGAAGUGGUGAUCAUGUUAACAUACGAGCCGCUAGCUGGCUUAAAGGAGCUGUAAGGGUGAGACGGACAGACCUGACAUAUGUUGGUGCAGUGGAUGAUGAUAGUUGA